GACGGCGACGGGCCGGGAGCAAGAUGGCGCUGCGGCCGGGAACGGGAGCUGGCGGCGGCGGGGCCUCAGGAACCGGCGCGGGGGCCGCGGGAGGAGGCAGCUUCAUGUUUCCUGUUUCAGGUGGAAUAAGACCGCCUCAAGGCCUCAUGCCAAUGCAGCAACAAGGAUUCCCUAUGGUCUCUGUCAUGCAGCCUAAUAUGCAAGGCAUGAUGGGAAUGAAUUAUGGCUCUCAAAUGUCCCAAGGACCCAUUGCUAUGCAGGCAGGAAUACCAAUGGGCCCAAUGCCAGCUGCUGGAAUGCCUUACCUGGGACAAGCACCAUUCCUGGGAAUGCGUCCUCCAGGCCCACAAUAUACUCCAGACAUGCAGAAGCAAUUUGCAGAAGAGCAACAGAAACGAUUUGAACAGCAGCAAAAACUCUUAGAGGAAGAAAGAAAAAGACGCCAGUUUGAAGAACAAAAGCAAAAGCUCAGACUUCUGAGUAGUGUGAAACCCAAGACAGGAGAGAAGAGUAGAGAUGAUGCUUUGGAGGCCAUAAAAGGAAACUUAGAUGGAUUUUCCAGAGAUGCAAAGAUGCACCCUACUCCAGUAUCACACCCUAAGAAAUCAGAUUGUCUCACAUCAUCUCAUCCUACUAAAAAUGUCUCCCCAUCAUCCGCCUUUCUUGAUGAAGAUGAAUUCAGUGACUUUAUGCAGGGCCCUGUGGAAGUUCCCAUCUGUGGGCCACCUUCCACAGCCCAGCCCUUUCAAUCUUUCCAUACCACCACCCCACUUGGCCAGUUGCAAUCACAGAAGGCUGGAGUACAGCCUCCCCCUCCAACUCAGAUUCCAGUGUCUGUUGCCUUACAUGGUGUCCCUGGGCAAAUUCCCUAUUACUCCACUGCUUCAGCUUCACACAUUAUGCAGAAAGCAGGCCCUUCCUUGGAGGAGAAGCUCCUAGUGUCUUGUGCUAUCAAUACAUCUGGGCAGGAACAAGUUAAAUUAAGUACUUCUGAAGUUGGGCACAAAGCCUUAGACCCAGGUUCCAGUAAGAACUGUCUCAGUUUAACGGCCAGUAACGGGGUUGCUGUAGAUGGAUGUGUAAAUGGUACCACCCCUGCAGAGACAGAAAAGACUUCAGACCUAACACGGUCCAUUGAAGAGAGUGGUGUGGGAGUAUUUCCCUCACAGGAUCCAGUUCAGCCCAGAAUGCCUCCUUGGAUUUACAACGAGAAUUUGGUUCCAGAUGCCUAUAAGAAAAUUUUUGAAACCACAAUGACUCCAACUGGAAUAGAUACUGCUAAACUUUAUCCUAUUCUGAUGUCAUCUGGACUUCCCAGGGAAACACUUGGACAGAUAUGGGCCUUAGCUAAUCGAACUACACCUGGCAAACUUACUAAAGAAGAACUUUAUACUGUUCUUGCCAUGAUAGCAGUAACACAGAGAGGUGUUCCUGCCAUGAGUCCUGAUGCUUUAAAUCAGUUCCCAGCAGCCCCUAUUCCAACUCUGAGUGGCUUUUCUAUGCCUCUGCCUACUCCAGUGAGUCAGCCUCCUGUGAUACCUUCAGCUCCUGCAGGCUCUGUGCCCCUUAACCUUGGACAGCCAGUCAUGGGCAUUAACCUUGUUGGACCAGUGAGUGGAGCUGCAGCACCGGCUUCCAGUGGCUUCAUGCCAACGUACCCAGCAAAUCAGGUGGGAAAACCAGAAGAAGAUGACUUUCAAGAUUUUCAAGAUGCUUCUAAAUCAGGAUCCCUGGAUGAUUCAUUCACUGAUUUUCAAGAGAUGCCUGCUUCUUCAAAAACAAGUCAUUCUCAGCAUGGAAACAGUACCUCAUCUUUGUUGAUGCCACUUCCUGGAACUAAAGCAGUGACUUCAGUAGAUAAAUAUGCUGUAUUUAAAGGAAUUGCAGCUGAAAAAUCCUCUGAAAAUACUGUUCCAUUUGGAGAACCUGGUGAUAAGUAUAGUGCUUUCAGAGAACUUGAACAGACAACAGAGAGUAAAUCUGUAGGAGACAGCUUUGCAGAAUUCAGGUCUACAGGAAUCGAUGAUGGUUUCACAGAUUUUAAGACAGCCGAUAGUAUUUCACCACUAGAGCCGCCGACAAAAGACACAACUUUUCCAGCAUCUUUCCCCUCAGGAACUACACAACUGAAACAACAAACACAAGUGAAAAGUCCUCUGAACCUUGCAGACCUGGAUAUGUUUUCCUCUGUUAAUUGUAGCAGUGAGAAAGCAUUGCCUUUUUCGGCUGCAUUUAGCACAUCCAAAUUAGCUUCUGCACGACCUCAGCCAGUGGUUUCUGCCACAACUACAACAACACUGGUAUCCACUAAAACUUCUAAUUUGGCUGAUGAUUUUGGAGAAUUCAACCUUUUUGGGGAAUAUUCAAGUCCAGCAUCUGUUGGGGAGCAGGAUGACUUUGCAGAUUUUAUGGCUUUCAGUAAUAACUCCAUUUCAUCUGAGCAAAAGGCAGAUGACAAAUAUGAUGUCCUUAGGGACGAAGCUAGUCCUGUGCCUCUCACCAGCAACUCAGGCAGCACAGCAAAGAGUGCACAGAACUCAACUGCAGCAUCUACCAAGUAUGAUGUAUUCAAGCAACUUUCCCUUGAAGGAGCUGGACUAGGUGUAGAAGAGUUGAAAGAUAAUACUCCUUCUGGAAAAAGUGAAGAUGAUUUUGCUGACUUCCACUCCAGUAAAUUUUCAUCCAUGAACUCUGACAAAUCCUUGGGAGAGAAAGCAGUGGCUUUCAGACACGCCAAAGAAGACUCUGCUUCGGUGAAGUCCCUGGAUCUCCCUUCCAUUGGUGGUAGCAGUGUCGGCAAGGAGGACUCUGAAGAUGCACUUUCUGUUCAGUUUGACAUGAAAUUGGCUGAUGUGGGAGGAGAUCUUAAACAUGUCAUGUCUGAUAGCUCUUUGGAUUUGCCAACAGUUAGUGGCCAGCACCCUCCUGCUGCAGAUAUAGAGGACUUAAAAUACGCUGCUUUUGGGAGCUACGGUAGCAAUCUUGCAGUGAGCACACUUACGAGCAGUGACUGGUCAGACAGGGAUGACACAUCUCAGGGCAGAAAACUCUCUCCAUUUGUCCUCUCAGCAGGAAGUGGCUCCUCAGCUGCCUCAGUUCUUCUAAAGAAAGAGACAUCGUUUGGCAGUUCUGAAAACAUCACCAUGACAUCUCUCUCCAAAGUAACGACUUUUACAAGUGAAGAUGCUCUUCCUGAGACUCCCUUUCCAGCUUUUACCAGUUUUAAAGAUAUGAUUCCUCAGACCAGUGAACAAAAGGAGUAUGAAAGUGGGGACUACAAAGAUUUUGCUAGACAGGAUCUGCCUGUAGUUGAACAGAGCCAAGAGGCUACAUGCCCAAGCCCAGCGUCCAGUGCCACCUCUCAUGAAACCCCCAAAGAAUGUUCAGAUGACUUUGGAGAGUUUCAGAGUGAAAAGCCGAAGAUCAGCAAAUUUGACUUUUUAGUAGCCACUUCACAAGGCAAAGUGAAAUCCAGUGAAGAAAUGAUCAAAAGUGAGCUUGCAACCUUUGACCUUUCUGUUCAAGGAUCACACAAGAGGAGUCUGAGCCUCGGUGAUAAAGAAAUAAACCGGUCCUCACCUUCUCCAGCCCUGGAGCAGCCUUUCAGAGACCGUUCCAACACUCUGAGUGAGAAGCCUGCUCUACCUGUCAUCCGUGACAAGUACAAAGAUCUAACUGGAGAGGUAGAGGAAAAUGAGAGAUAUGCAUAUGAGUGGCAGAGAUGCCUGGGGAGUGCUCUGGAUGUGAGAGUGGUAGAAGUAUACCGAGUAACCAAACGUGUGGAGCUGGGGAUCAAAGCCACUGCAGUGUGCAGUGAGAAACUCCAGCAGCUGCUAAAGGACAUCGAUAAAGUCUGGAAUAACUUAAUCGGCUUCAUGUCACUUGCCACUCUCACACCCGAUGAAAAUUCACUGGAUUUUUCCUCCUGUAUGCUGCGGCCUGGGAUUAAAAAUGCUCAGGAACUUGCUUGUGGGGUGUGCCUCUUAAACGUGGAUUCAAGGAGCCGGAAAGAAGAGAAGCCUGCUGAAGGACAUCCUAAAAAAGCUUUCAACUCAGAAACAGACAGUUUCAAGCUGGCCUAUGGAGGGCACCAGUAUCACGCCAGCUGUGCCAACUUCUGGAUCAACUGUGUUGAACCAAAGCCUCCUGGCCUCAUCCUACCUGAUUUGCUCUGAAAAGCUCUUCUGUGAGGCACCAGCUUGUUUUAUCUUUUGUGAGGUUUUUUCUGUCACACCCUUUGUUGGUGACUGACAGGGACCAAUAAACAGAAUACAAGGACUGUGAAGUUCACUUCCAAAAGUCUGCAUGAAGAAUUCCCCAGGAGAGUGGAGCGGAGGACACAGUGGCAGUCCAGGUGACCUGCUAAUCCCCACUGCCCAUCUUGGGAUUUGAGGUGAAGCUGUCCUGCCCAAACUACAGGUAGCACCAAAGUUUGUUCAGUUCUUUCUAGGCUUGUUUUCCUUUUAGGACUCACAAAGCCCUAGCUCUCUUAAGAUGCUGUAAAAUAUGGACCAGUUUUAAGGAAUAAUUUGCUGCUGCAGUUUUGAGACUGUGAAGGAUUGACAUUUGAAGAAAAAUAGAUUCUUUUUGGAGGACUGCAAUUUGGCAAGACUGUUUGGAGCCAGUGCUUAUUUAUAUCUGAAGUCUUAAGUCCUGUGAAGUAGAAUGCAUUUCUCUGCAUUUCACUGAGUAUGUUUGAAAUGAAUAAAAGGGGAAAUGGUGAUUAAA